CAUCUAAGAAUCUCUUAAAGUACUCUGCUGUAUUGCUGCCAGCCUAAGAGACUUGAACCCUUAUAUUUCUGGGACAAGAAAAACUUGAUACUGGGAGAAACACUAUGAGAUUUCUCUGUGUUUCACUUUCUUUAACUGUGAUUUGCUGGCUAGCUGAAGGCACCUUGUCGAAAACAGACGCGAAGAAACCUGCUACAAAAAAACUGGAAGAAAAGACACUGCAUUCUGAUAAGAAUGUGCAGGACCGGGGACUCGUAGUUACAGAUCCAAAGGCAAAGGACAUCAUAUUGGAGCACAGAAGCUACUGCUCUAAGAAGAUGAAAGAAAGACACUUCUCAGGAGAUGUUCUGGGAUAUAUUACUCCUUGGAACAGCCACGGCUAUGACAUUGCUAAAAUAUUUGGAAAUAAAUUUACAUUAAUCUCACCAGUCUGGUUACAAGUGAGAAGGAGAGGGAAGGAGAGGUUCCAGUUCACCGGGCUCCACGAUGUAGAUAAAGGCUGGAUGAAAGAUGUCAGAAAAAAUUCCAAAAACAUCAAAAUAGUGCCUAGAAUUUUGUUUGAUGGCUGGACUUACCAGGACUUUGAGAGUGUUUUUGGCAGUGAAGAUGAGAUAGAAGAGCUUUCACAGAGUAUGGUUCUACUAGCCAAGAAUGAAAAUUUUGAUGGCUUUGUAGUUGAAGUUUGGAGUCAGCUAGGAAAUCAAAAGCAAAAGGAGUUGAUACACUUGCUCAUUCACCUUUCUGAAGCUCUGCAUGAAGCACAACUAAAACUCAUACUAGUCAUACCUCCGGCAGUUGCAGCAGGGACUAACCAGCCAGGAAUGUUCACAAAGAAAGAAUUUGAUCAGUUGGCCUCAGCAGUAGACAGCUUCAGUCUCAUGACAUAUGACUACUCAACACCACAAAGACCUGGUCCAAAUUCUCCACUGCCCUGGGUACGAGCCUGUAUUCAAGUAUUGGAUCCUGAUUCAAAAUGGAGAAAUAAAAUACUUCUAGGGCUGAAUUUCUAUGGCAUGGACUAUUCUGCUUUGGGAGCCCUGGGGGAGCCAAUCCUCGGUACUAGGUACAUUGAAACCUUGAAGGAGCACAAACCAAAGAUUGUCUGGGAUGAACAAAUUGCUGAACACUACUUUGAAUACAAAAAAAAUAAAGGAGGAAAACACGCCAUCUUCUAUCCAACACUGAAGUCCAUCCAGUUGCGCUUAGAGCUUGCAAAAGAAUUGGGCACUGGUAUAUCCAUCUGGGAACUGGGACAAGGCCUGGAUUAUUUUUAUGACCUGCUUUAAAGUAAGAGAUGAUGUGGGAAAGACUUUUGCUUCACUGAGACUCCACCUUCAAUUAAUUUGAGUAUCCCGGAGAGGUGAUUUUGAAAACAUUUUUUGUAAUUUAUUUCAUAUCUGUAUUAAACUUGCAUUUUUCCCAAUAAAGAACUUCUUGUUUUGCCACAUAGAUAUGAUUGUUGGUUUCUGAUAAAGUUCAGAGGAAAAAACUUGAAAGCUUCUGAAUUAACAGCUUAGAAAGAGACCGACCUGUACAGCUGGGAUGACACUAGAAGUGAAAAUAUUUUUUUUCUGCGAGAAAUGAAAUGGACAAACUGAUACCAUCUGAUCAGGGUUUAAGGUAGAUGUCUCUCAAACAAUUGCUGCUAAUCAUUUAAGUGAACAAAUAAAUUAAUCAGAUUAUGUCUGGCAAAUUUAACAUCUGCUGGACUCUGCAACCUGCUGUCUCUUAAUAAGGUAAGUCAACAUAAAAUGAAGAGGGUGGGUGUGAGGGGAGCAAUUAGAUACCUUACCCUAGGGCUGGUAAAGGAUUGAAUACUGACUGUUAGCUCUGUUUGUUUUCUUCAUUUUAUUACAUUGCUUAUGUAGUUCAAAAUCACAGUAAUUCUGAUUCAUGACAUGACUUGUUUCUAAAUCAUUUUUGUAAGCAGGAGAUGAUGCUCUGUGAUUUCUCUCUUCCACUUAGGCUGCUUAGUGUCUUAUUUUACAGUACUUAGCACCAGUGCAUGAUGCAUUAGUGAUUAGUUUGUGGGAACUGUAGUGUUUAGCACAAAAGGCUACAAUGGAAAUGAGAAGUAUUCGUGUAAUGAUGGAUUGUGCUGAUAACCCCAAGAGAACAUCAUAGCAGCACUGACAAUGCCUUUAUUUAAGUAGGUGCUAUGAAUAUAGUGACUAUCUUUCUGAAUAAAGCUUUUAUUAUUUAACUGCACCCAUUGGUGCUUUUACCUCCAUGAAACAGAUUUUUUUUUUUUUUUAUUAAAUAGCUCAGAAGCUAUUAAUUAGCUUAAAAACAGCCCUGUCCCCCCAAAUAUUGUCCCUGCUUUUUAGUUUAUAAGUUUUCUGUUUGUAGAAGUACACAGGCUUCAAGGUAGUUUGUUGUAAGGAAGUAAGGGGAGGUGGUGGGAAUUUGAUGAGGGUGUUGCUGGUCCCCAGCAGAGAUCCAGGCAAUAGCUCUGUACUCCCACUGGUGUUCUUCUUGCCACUUCCAGUUGUCACAAAGAUAACUGCACUCCUUCUCUUUGCAUCCACUCUUCCCAGUAAUUAAUCUCAGUGGGGGAUUUAUUUGCCCCUGCUUGUUUCAGCGGAAUAAAUCCCACUGUAAUCCACCAUUGAUUAAAAAACUAUUGAUCUUCACCUCACUGAUUUAGUUCUGGCAUCUCUCGACUUCUCACAUUGCAGUAUCCAGCAGGGUUUACUAAUCAGGCUUCUUUCUUCCAUACCAUUAGUACUGAGAUAAUUUGCUACGUGAAUCCUCAUGUUCAAUUAACUUGAGCUUUCUGGUUCGUUCAAAAGCAAUUUAAAAGUCACUUUUGGCAAUGGUAUCUGCGCAAGAAUUUAGUUCCAUUAUGCUGUUUUUCUACUUUCAGUGGCAUUAGUGAACCAGAAUGUCUCAGAAAAAAGAUGAUCAGUUACAAAUAGAAGAGUCUGGGAUCUGAAAUGGCAUGCAUUGUCAGCUACUAGCUGGUAGGUAGUGGUUUUAAAAGUGAAAGUUUUGGGGAAGAAGAAAAUAUUUCAUUUUAAUCGAUUGUUUCCUCUCUAGAAAGGAUAAAUGUAAUUUGUCACGCUUCUUUCUUCGUUUUUUUUCAAUCUCGUGAUGAUUCUCUCUGAAGUUCAACUGUUCUGUUUGUCUUUGAGUACAGCUGUGCUAGGGAUAACUGUCUUUAGCAUCCUCAGAGAUGGAAUGAAUACAUACGUGUGGCAGAAAGAGCAAACUAACCCUGCUAAAUCAUGAAAAAUAAAUUCCAGAGGAGAAGUACAUUGUGAGUUUGAGCAGUUCAUGGCAUGAGGCUAAGGAUUUUGCCUUUUUGUCUCUAAAGGUAAAACAUUUAUUGCUUCAAAAAUAACAGUUAAAAAGAAACAGAGUAAGCACAGUUCUUUAGCAUGAAGUUCUCAGAAAAUAAAAUACCAGGCAGGCAUUUGAUUGAACUCCCAAAUGAAGACUUGCUACUAAUGGAUUUAUCUUGUGAUCGCUUAAUUUCUCAAUGUGUGGCAGUGUCAGCUUGUGUUUUAUUAGAUAUCACAGAAUGCAAAAAAGCUGUGUACCACCAGUGACCCAUGAUGAAGGCAAGUUUCUCUUGAAAUUUAUACCUCACUGCUUGGAUGAAAAGAUGACACAAGAGUACACAAGCUGGUACAAAGCUGCUGAAAGCAAAGCAAAGGGCCACUUGGGAGUUGCUUUCGUGGGGCACAAAGGUUAUCACAUUUGAUCCAUCCAUCAUAUGGAAUUCAUAUAAGGAUAUUGCUUGAGUGAUGCACUUCACCUUCCUCGAAGGAUGGGGGAAAGAAGUCGAAGUCAGAAGAUUUUGACAUUCACUAGUUUACACCACCGUGUAAAGCCUGUGUGUCACAAUUGCCUCUGCUUCUCAUCCUGCUCCAAAAAGCCCUUUCCUAAGCUCUGUGAACCUACUGCAUCAGGGAGGGGAGCUGAUGGAAUUGCUGUCAGAGUACUGGAAGAGGACAGGCAAGCAGCUGGAAUGGAACAACAGCAGGAUCAAAGAGAAAAGUGUUGGAAACUCAGAGCUGUCAGCAGAAGCAAACAGUGAGUACAAACUAAGAAUCACGGGAAAAACUCACACAUGGUACAUCUAGGCUACAGCUGUUUGUCUGCAGUUAAGGAAAAUGGAGAGAGAAAGGAAAGGAGAAAACUUCUGCCACUGCUCCAAGAGUGCAACUGUUGACAGCCAGCCUGGGCUCAAGAAGCAAAGAGCAUCAAGCCCAUCGUGAUUACAACUCCACAAAAUGAACAAUGAGGGCACAGGAGCGCUGAUUUCUCCAUGGAAAGCAGUGACCAGAUACUAGGAAGAGUGUGGAGACAUGUUAACAACAGAACCUUCUUACAUUGUCUCUCUGCCAUAUGACCUUGCUGCAUGCACUUACCUGUUUCUUGAGCAUAUCUGCUUAAAACAUUGGAAAACAGAACAAAACUGUACUGAAUUUGGGCCCACAAGGAGUCAGGCAUUUGCACUGUAUGAGCAUUCCUCUGUUGUUUUAUUUGUGCUUUGAAUUCUGCAACAGCUCCAACCUCAUGUUUUUGGCCUGGACUGGUGGGAUGAGAAUUGGCCUAAGUGAAAUCUUUCUUUAAAUACUAUGCUUUUCUCUGUAAGAAAGAAGUUGUGUCCUGUGCCCUGUAAAUGUACUUGGGCAAGAGUGUUCUGCCUUCAGUUAGUGGCUUUUACAGCAUGCAUCAAGGAUUAAUGCCUACCCGAAACGUGGUUUCAGCCUUGUUAACCUGCUCUGAUCACCUUGGUACCCUGAAUAAAAUGCAGUAAGAACUUUCAAGUCCUAAAAUUGAGAAUUUGAUUUGGAGCCAUAUUUGGUUUCAACUCAGCCUCUACCACUGUCAAUCUGCAUGCACGAAAUCCCACGAAGAACAGCCAAACACUUUGUACUUCCUUUGCAAAGCACCAGAGCUAGCAAAACUUCAUUUCAUUUCCACUUCAUCAGCUGGCCUUGCCCCACACCCCAGGCUUACCUGCUCACCUUGCCUCAUGACUGCUUAGGCCAAACAAAGCUACUGCGAUGGCAGCGCUCCUCCAGGCUUGUGUUAGAUGUGUGAGCAGCUAUUUGCCUUCAACUUAAUCCAGUAGGUGGAGUGGACAAAAACAUUCCUGUCAUUUUUCAGCUUAAUCUAGCUAGGCUGUGCUCCUGAUCAGUGAAAGUAUUCAUCUGCAACAUGAAACAACAGCUCAGAAAGCCUUUAAAGCCUAGAAGUAUUUGAAUGGAUGGCUUCAUUGGAGGUGAAAAGUCACAGCUCAAAGUAAGCCUUCCCACUUAGAGAUGAUCAGGGCUACAUCACUACCUUAUCACCUGCAUCACUCUGCAACCAUCUGCCUGCCUGCCCUUUCUAUGGAGGCUGCUGAGCUAUUGGAGAGCCACUCACCGCUUUCCACCAGGUCCCUGGGGAAUGGAGUCCACAGUUCUCGCUGAAUUCCAGGCAGCAGGAGUCCGGCACCCGGGUUGUGUUGUACACCUCAAACCAGUCGGUGUAGUUUGAGACUCCACAGCAUCUGAACUGGAAGAAGAACCAAGGCAAUACUGUAAGGAUGAUUUGUCACUGGUGUCUGCUUGUUCUGAGGCAGUGGAAGAAUCUUCCAUGUCUUUUGUUGGAUACAAACUGGACCUUAUUCAUUGCACUGAAUUACACUUGAUGACACCAGAAGGGGCUUGACAUUUUAAAGAAACGUAGUAUUUCCUCAGCUUUACCAACAGAGACUAAUGUGGCUAAUGUGGAGACCAGAAGCAAAGGCCUUAUUUGCAGUGGCAGGACACUGCAGGAGCUGAAGCAGGACAAUGCCAGCCACGUAAUGAGUUUAAGAGUGACUGCACAGGAUUAUGAUGAUCAUUUUUAUUUUGCUGACAGGAAAAAAAUAUUUAGGACACAGAUACAGUAUCCAGGAGGUAAAGGAAGUGUGAUCUGUACUGCAUACUAUUUCUAAAAUCAUUAUUUAAGUUAACGAGGCAAACUUCUCUCUGUGCUGAUCAUCUCUGAAAGCCUUUGUGACUCAGUAAAAGUUUUGUUUCCAACUCUU